GCACGAGCUUGAGUAUCAUCAUUCGCGUUCCAUCAGGCCGUCAGCCAUGGCACAGCUCGUCGUCGGCGCCAUCCUGUCUGUGAUGUGCUGCUGGGCGUGUCAGGCUGCUGCCGCGCCCAAUAGCGGCAAGCCGGCGGCCGCUCUGGCCUCGGUGCUGACGGUGCUCAAGCGUGCGGCUAGCGUCACGCCGAAGAACCUGAGCCUGGACGAGCGCGAGCCCGUGCUUACGCUGACCUGCACCGUGGGAUACAGCAACUUCGGCGCAGUAUUCUGGACGCUGUACGACCGCGACCUGCGCGACAUCGGCCACGUCGAGGAAAGUAGCGCACUCAUGGACGACGGCCGUACCAUCGCCAAGGUGUCCGUGCUGCGCAUCGGCGGCUGGCAGGUGCUGCCCACCGAGUCCGGCGCCUACCCAUUCAAGUGCAACACUUUCGCCGACUUCAAGGUGGCCUCGGACACGGCCCUGGUGCACAGCCAGCUGACCGACACGUGCACGCCCUCGGACGGCAAGUGCGAGGCCCGGGGCGCGCGCUGCGUGCAGGGACGCUGCGCAUGCGUCGACGAGCGCCACCCGCUGCGCCUGCGCUCCCUGCACACCGUGUGCUGGCCCAAGGUCCGUCUCGGAGGCCGCUGCUAUUUCCAGGAGCAGUGCAGCGCGGCGGGGCACAGCGAGUGCGUGGUGAACCUUGGCUGGUGCGCAUGCCGCGAAGGGUUCGCUCGCUCGGCCGACAGCUGCAAAGCCAAGCCCGAAGGUGGUCUGUGGGCGCGCUGUGCGAGGCACGCCGACUGCCGGUCGGCCAAUGCGCGCUGCGUGUACAGCCACUGCGAGUGCCCCAGCGGAACGCUGCUUGCCACCAAAGACGCCACCGAGUGCCUGAACGCGACCACGGUUGCCAUGGCGUCUCCCGAGAAGAUGCUUGCCCCGGCGGCCGCCAUACCCUGGCACUUGGCGCCCAUGGCGGCCUUGCAAGAGGCUCCCGAGGUGCCUUCGUUCGGCAAGCCGCACAAGCAUAUCCGCGACUCACCCAUCGACGACGACUGAAGGAACCAAUCGGAGCACGGCAAUAAAUUCUGCUGAAUAUUUCAACAUAAUGAGCUCAUUAAAAUGGACGUUCUUGGCGGCUGGUGUUAUCGCUCGUAAUAAAGAUUCCUUGUGCAUU